AUGACAAACAUCACACGAUACCUUGUCAACGUAAGUCUCACGUAAGUCUGAUGCUGUUAUAUGCAUCGUCCUUCAAUUUCUCACUUCGCUCUUUUCCCCCUCUUUUUGCAGCACCUGUUGACGUUCUCACUCCAGAAUGGAGAAGUGCAAAGUGUGGAGGAAGCACAGGCCCGUCUGUCUUUCCUGGCCCAGAACAAGAAACUGUGGAGUCAACAGAUGUUCCUGGAUGUUGGAGCAGAGGCCAUUCAACUACGGGACAUCCAGAGCCAGGUGAGGCCAGAUGCAUCAUGGGCUUUAAAAUUUCAAUUUAUUGCAACCAACUUAUUUUUUAUGUCAGCUAGCUUAAAACAGCUUCUACAGAAAUUAUUCACAAGAGCCUAAACAUGGUAUGGGUGUGAAAUGAAUGAUAAUAAGCAGACUGAUGGAUAAAUAACAAAAUAAACAAAACAGUAAAAGAAGAAUUUUCAAUACAGGAAUAAAAGGAAAGAAAAACAAAUUUAGUCAUGUAGGGAACAAAGAAAACUUUAAAGCUCCUGUGUCGAGAAUCGCAUGUGUGACUUACAAGAGAAAUCAAGACUAUGGGCUCUAUUUUCAUGUACGCCGGUGAGGCGACGGAGGGCGGCGAGCCCCGCGCAGUUGUAUUUUCGUCUGGCGCAACCCGGCGUACAUUUUCGUCGACGGAGGCGAACCGAGAUCCGCCAAGCUGGGCGUGGUGGCAUGGCAGGGGGAGGUGUCGACAGAAUCAGCGGGCGCAGUGACAUUUUCAUGCUCGCCACCGGCGUGUAAAGUGUGCUGAAAGCUCGCCGAUUCAAACCUGGUCAGUUUUCAGCGCAGGUGGAGCGCAGCUGGUCUAGUAGUAUUUUGGCAGACCGGCGGCGUAUCUGCAUACGUCACUGAUGCCUCACCGGCAGGUUUCCGCAGUGUCAGGCACAUUUCAGUGCAAUAAAUAAUCAUCAACAACUAUUAAUCUGAGUCAGACCAUACAUUUAGAUCUGUAUCGAUAAAUUCUGAUCUAUAUAUCUUAUCUGAUGAGCGCGUUUGGCACGUGUUUGGACACACAACCUGACCGAAUCAACACAGCUGAAAUAGCUUUAAAUUAAAUUAAAUAUCUAGUAAAUAGACACACAUGAUGAAGUUUACUAGAUAUGUAAUUCGUCUCCCUCCUUUUCUUUUUUCCUCUUCCUCUUAUUUCUUGCACAGCUCAACCUGGACACGUCUCCGUGUCCUCUCUCCGUUCUGCUGCAGCGGCGGCUGAACAGAUGAUUUGUUUCAGUGCUCAGAUGCGUUAUCUACUUUAAGCCGACAUACAGAUAUUAUAAUAUUCAGUUUUGUGAAUCAAAUUUAUUUUAUAUGCCAACAUCUAUGAAAGAAAGAGCCAGGCCACAGAGCGUGAUGCGUCAUUUACGCACAGAUGGUUCCAAUUUUAAUGCCAUUAUUGGGAUUUAUGUUGUGAUCUGUGCGCUCAACCCACCUUUGUCACGUGAGGUUUAAAUAUAUGCAACUUUAUGUGAGUGUCUUUAUUUGUGGAAAAGGGUGUUUUUCUUACCAGUGGGUCCAACUUUACACACACCAAAUCCAUCUGUGCUCAUAUGAGAGAGUGUGGAGGACGCCCAAUGCGGCGCUUACAGUGACACUUGUUGAGGAGCUGCCCUUUGUCGCCAUCGUGUGGCAGAACUGUCUUCAGACAUCUCUUGAUCUCUUUGACUACUUCACGAAAAUACUAACAUGCCUCGCCGGUGGCGGAUUUAAAGGCAAGGAGAGGAGCUUAUGUGAUAGGUGAAAACUGGUCUCGGCUGUGUUAAAUCCACUCCACGCCCUCCCUCCUCCCUCGCAAUGAUUUACGCCACUGGGAGGAGCUGAGUUAGGGAGGGGGGAUACUUACGCCGGGCUGCGCUGCUCACCAAAAUACCAAAUUGUGCUUGGGAAUGCCUUGUCGGCGCGGCGGAUCUGACUUACGCCGCGCUUGCGGCACGUCUCCGGCGAGGCACGAAAAUAGAGCCCUAUCAGUGACAAGAUCAAUUAUACCCAAUUAGUAUUUUCCAGGGCAGUAACUCAUGAUGAAUGAAUGGUUUAAACAUUACAAGACAGCGCGAUGUCACAAAACACAUGAAUUGCAUUUUUAGAUGGGCCUGAAAUAUAAAGAUAUGAAACCAGUGCUCGCACUGUGUCGCACAAGGACCAUUGGAAAACCUGAUACAAAGGGACACUUUGGUCGCUAAGUUCAUUCAUCCCUGAGCUCAGUAAAGUUUUCACACAUUCAACCUGCUAAAGGCCAAUAACUCAUCAGAUAAAUGUUGCUUUUACUAAAUCAGGCAGCUCAUUUUCAUCAAUAUGAGCUGUCCUGCAAGCUGACCAACCAAUGUUUGUUACUGUGCACAAGAGCGCAGAGGUCUUCAUAAAUUCCUCAGGAUUAAGCUGAAUUUCAAAGUUAUGUUUUUGAACAUUUAUUGCCUUUAUUCAGAGAGGGUAGGCCACAAAACAAGGAGAGAGAGCUGGGAGUGACAGGCCAACAGCUUGAAGAAUAACCUCUGUAUAUAGGGCAUAGACAGCCAGGCCAGCAGGGCCCCAACCUUGAGGAAGCUCGAGGAGAAAAGGGGGUUUCACAUGAGUAGGAUUGAAACAGGGGAGAGAAAGACUACUUUGUCCAUAGGGGGCACCAAAGUCAACAAAUACCAGAAAUGACUUGCAGGAGCUUUUAGCACACUUGACAAUGAGUAACUGAAAAGACAGAUUUGGUUUUGUUAAAGGAAUAAAAGGAUCAUUCAUGUGAAGAUGAUAAAAAGUCUGUUAAAAUAAAAAAAAAUGAAGAAGUAAUCUAAGAGGAUGAAGUAUAUAAAGGAGUGUGAGUGUAAGAGCAGGUAAAGCGUAUCAAAGUCCUGAUGAUAAUAGAGAAAAUUCACUUUUAUGUCCAAAAGGAAUGAUUUCUUCUUGUUUCACGCUCAUUAUCCAAAGGCAGACUAUGUUUGUGAGGCUGCUUCUGUCUUUAACUGUAAAACCAUGAAAAACAAAACAGACUCUUAAAAAAGAUUGACAAACUGUGAUGGAGACAUGCAUACUUAUAUAAUUCCUCAUUUACUAAGCCUGUUUUUUCUCCUUGUGCAGGAUGAGCUGGAGAGCUACUCUUUCAAAUCCAUCUACCGCUGUAGUGCCAUAAACACAGAGAAACACUUCUCAUCCCUGCUGCUCUUAGUGUGCCAGAGUGCAGACCAGAAGAAGCCGGACAUUCAAUUCUUUAACUGCGAGACAGUUAAGGUGAGUAAAGGCCUGACACUUAUGCUGCUUCCUCACUGUCGGAUCUGACUCAGCCUGAAAUUGUCAGCCUGUUUCAGGUUUGACAAGAGAUGCCACUUCCAGAUUCUUUUUUUUUUUUUCCUUUUUACAGGCAGAGCAGAUUUGUGACGAAAUUGCACACGCAGUAUCGGAUUCCUCCAACCGCAGGAGUAAAACGGUCCUGGAUCCACUGAGGUACAGGGAAUGUUAUGAUCAAAUUCUUUGAAACAUAUGAUCAAAAAAGCUCACAUAGAAACUUUGAUUUGAUGUGAGCUGUGAAAUUUAAGCGUGGAAGAAAGUAUGUUUCAGUCUGAAGGUGUGUAUGUUUACCCUCACUGUACAAGAGGAACUGAAUGGACAGUGAAAAAAUACAAAACCCUCAGCCGAGCAAGAGACAAGCCCAUAUAUUACGUAACAGUUUGAUCUAUCUCCCAUUAAAUCUCUUUGUUUUCCUCUUUUUUACUCCUAUUAUGAUUUAUUUCCCUCUGAGUCGAAGCAGCCCAUCAGCAUGCACCUGUCUGAGUGAGAGAGAGAGAGGGGAAGGGAGGGGGGGACAGGGAGGACAGUGUAAACAGCUGAGAGAAAGAGAGACUUGUUUUACCGGUUUGUACAUAACUUAACAAGGUGUGACGAAGAGAGCAAGGCCACUGAGACAGAGAGAGAGCAGAGACACCGCAGGAGGGAUGACAGUAGGGCUGUGCAGGAUUGGGGCCUGAGAGGAAUAUUUGCUUUAAAAGAAAAGGACAAGGACAUACACUGGUGGUAAGAUGGAUUAAUGUUUUUUUGUUUUGGGCUUUUGGAUGCGAAAUGAAGAAAAACAAAAGUAAAGUUCGGGUCAGAAUUUGAAGAGAUUUUCAUAUGUGUGCACAAGGAGAGGCAAACAAGGAGACAUUUUCAUCAAGAGCGACCUUUUCGUUUGCUUUAAAAAUACUUUGUUGCUUUCAUAAUUUGUUUAAAAGGAGGCUCUAGACUGAGGAGUGCAGAUCAGUGUAUUCUAUAGUCAUGACUAAGCACAGUCACAUUGUUUACACUACUUUCAUGGUGGAAUAAGGGCUGCUGGAUUGAAUUUCAGAGGCUUCACAUUGUGUCUGUUGUGUCAUCUGGGUGGAAAUCCUCCAUGGCUGCAACUAUUUGACUCUGUCAGAAUGAAGAUGAGCCUCUCUCUCUCUCUCUCUCUCUCUCUCUCUCUCUCUCUCUCUCGCUCUCUCUCCAAUCAAGCGUGUUGUCAUGAGCACAGGUUUGACUUCUUCAAGGGUGUUACCUGCUGAGUGAGCAGACUCAGCACUCAUCCAGAGCACAACCUGUGGGAAAACAUUGUGUACGCAGGUUUUAAACUCCGCUUUUGUUUGCUGUAGGAUUCCUCACAGUGGUGGAGAGAUGAUUGACCCAUAUGAGAUCCCAAGCCCCCCCAUUGCACAUGCUCCAAACCCCCCGCCAAUUAACCCCCCACCUUACCCAGGACUCAGAGGUAAGAUAAGAAAAUUCCCAUGUCAAUAACAGUAAAGCUCUCUGAUGUGACAGUUUUUCAGUGAUAACAGGGUAAAAAGAGGAAAAGAGAGAUGGAAGAAGUAUUUGAGGUGUGAGGCUUGCAGAGGAACAGAGAUAGCUUUGUGUAUUUGUGUGUUUAAGGGAGGGGGAGUGGGUUUCAGGGGUAAAAGGGGGGCAGGGACUCCAAAUGCAGCAAUGAACAUGGAUGAACCGAAUCCUUUCCUCUCUUCCAAAAUAGCAAACGGAGUAAAUGGCGGGCCUGAUAUCUCCUUCCUGCGAGCAGAGAGAGAAGUGGUAAACGUCAUUUUCACUCUUUUUGAUAUUUCUUUAUCAUGUCUUUAAUCUAAAGAGUGGAAUUGAAGCAGUUCUCUUUCUUCAGGGCAUCCUCAAUCACUGCUUUGAUGACAUUGAGAGCUUCAUGGGAAAGCUGCAGCAGACCGCAGAGGCUGUGACGGUGCUGAACCAGAGGAAGAAGAAGAAGAAGAAAAGUAAAAAGCAAACCGCAGACGGUGAGAAGAGAUAAAUGAAUUUGUACGUUUUGAAAUGUCUCCUGUUACUGCUACUGACUGAUCAGUGUGUGGCUUUUUUAUUUUCGACCAAACAGAGGAUCUACUCACUGCAAAGGCUCGACCCCCACCCGAGGAAGAGUUCAUCGAUGUCUUCCAGAAGUUCAAAUACUGCUUCAGCCUGCUGGUGUGUAUUUCUUCAUAUCAGAUCUCUUCUUACUCAUUUAAGUAUGCUAUAAAAUUAACUCCUGUCUACAUUUCUCUUAAGGCUCGUCUAAAAUCAACGAUUGCCAACCCUUCAUCAGAGGAGCUGGUGCACCAUGUGUUCAAACCUUUGGAUAUGGUAAGUGAUCAUAUAAAAAUGAGAGGAAGUUUUCUUUAUUUAAGCUUUUUUUUUUUUUUUACAGAGAGCAAAAGUACAAAAUGUGAUUUGUGGAGUUAAAAGAGAUAAGCAAGAUAACUGAAUACAAAACAUUCUAAGAUAGUAGAUAGUAAAUAAAUGCAAUUGAUAAGGACUUGCUACUCGUGAAGAGAUUAAAGGCUCAUUCUAGGUUAAUAAAAUAAUUGUAAAGUCAAGUGAUUUUGCACUAAUUGAAACUCUCAAUGAAUGUUAUAUUUCAUUUCUACCAAGCCUAAAUGCUGCUACAUGCUACACACUGUACUUUUUACUUGUAAAGCUCAGAUGCAUCUACAGCAACACAUACUUUUGUGUUAAAGUGUCCACAUCACUCUGCACAACUGCCUGAUCUCUAUGCAAGUCAUAUUGCCUGUUUCUGGCUUGGUGACAUUCUCGGCCUGACGAUGCACAGGAAACUGCGGUGACUGAACGUGAGCUGGUUUAAGGCUGAGUGAUGUGCAGAGGCAUUCUGGCUGGUAGAGCAACAAGAUUGACCUUUUCGUUCAGUGUAAUAAUGAAACAUGGAUAGCAUGAAAAGAGGGACAGGAUGACAGCUUCCCAAAAGUGAAACCAACACUUUUGGCUCCCUCUUGUAACUGGCCACAGGAAGUGAUAGAGCCAGCUUCCUGCUUGAAAAUACACCUAUCUUUAUGAUAAAAUGCAUCAGAUCCCUAAUGUUGGUACAGUCCACAGCAAAACUGAUCUCUGUGUCAGUUUGAAGCAGACACAGUUAUUUAAAGUUUAGUGUUUGUUAUAUUUUCUCUCUCUCUCUACUUUUGCUCAGGUUAGAAGUUGUAUAAUUUGAUUUUAAAGUUUGACCCAUGUGUCAUCUGUUUACAUGGACUUUAUAAUCUAUUCUGCAGCCAGUCGCCUAGGGGGCCUUCAAAUUUGGCUUCACUUUUAGGGAACUGUUGCCUUGUCCGUCUUUUACAACAUAGAGAAAUAGUUGGUACACAGGGCAAAUAAACAGGAGCAGACAGUUUGGUUUAUAAGCAGAUGAGUAGAUAAUGUGGUAUUUAGGUCUAAGUUUGGCGGUAAUGGUUCAAAGAAGGAUUGUAUGUUGUUCUCUGAGCUGUUAUCAGGUUUGCAUGUGGAAAAAAAAAACGUUAGCAUGUGUCAUGUGAAAACAAAAGAAAGGCGUCACUGUACUCAAGCCAUGUUGCCAGAAACCGCAUGUUCCACUCAGUGUUGACACAAGGCAGGCAGCUCCAUGAUUGCAAUGCUAAACACCUGAAGCUUCAGUGGACGUCUUUUCUCUUUUGGUUCAGCUUCUUUUGUCGUUUUAAACAUUUAAUUGAUCGAAGCUGAACCACCUUUUUUGGGGAUUGAUGCCACGAUGCUGCUGAUUGCUGCUUUGAGUUAAAUCCAGGUGUAUUACAGCUGUCAAAAACUCUUUCACCAUCACAAUGAAGCCUGUAUUUCUCUUUUACUUUAUAUUCCUUUAACAUAUCAAUUAAAAUCUCGUAGUUGCUUCUUAUACAAUUUAACCAAUUAUCAGAUUUAGUCUUUACUCUUGAGACCAUGAGUUUGCAGAGACUAUUAGAAGUAUAUCUCGAAUACAUGUAACUGAUUCACAUUAAAAUGUCAGGAAUUUCAAGUGUGUCAUGUUUAGCCUGAAUCAGUCAUCCAAUAAAAGAAUCAAAGGGUGUAACGGGCGUGUUUGCUUUGUGUACACUGGCACUCCUGAGGGGAAACAGUCACAUAUUUCUGACGUUGUACAUGUUAAUUGUUCUUUUGGGAUUGAAUGUGUGGAUGCACUUAUCCGUCUGCACAGCACAGUCAUGUUGUUGCAGAGUGGGAGCAUUAAAGCUGCUUUUGUCCCAUCAUGAUGUUCACAGAUGGUGAAAACUACAGGGGGACCAGGUCUGGGGGCCUCAGUGUCCAGCCCUGCCAUGACCACCUCUGCUGUCUCUCUGCUUCAAGACACCCUGAAUGAGGGAGAGAGGCAGCUGUGGACCUCUUUGGGUCCCAAUUGGACACUCCCACGGUCAGUAAAAUAAUCACUGUGUCAGCACGCUUACCCACGGUAAACCCAGAUACAUUUUGUGUGGAGAGAUAACCCAGCUUCUGUCUGAUGAACAAGCAAAUUUUUGGGGCUUAUAAGACUAAAACUAGCUGUUAUAAAGCUGUAAGGUUCCAGGAGGAGCAGCGUCGUGACUCUCCUCUCUUGUGCUGUCUCUCAGCUCUCAGCUCAGAGGCCCUGUAGCUCCGUACACCCCAGUGUUUCUGGACGGUUGGAAGCCGGAAGCCUUGAGGGCAGACGGGCAGGUUUGGGAGGAUCCGGUUGAGUCACAGCAUAGACACGAAGACCUCCAAGCAAAACAAGAGGUAUGAAAUACCUACGUGAGUGUGAAAUAUGGGUUACACACAUGCUCAGUAGAGUCAGAGAAGAGCAAAAUAGGCAAAGCUAUGGCAUAGAAGUACAAUAAUACCUAAAUAUCAGGUGUAACAAACACAGUCGUGUCACAAAAGCUGAAUCCUCCAGUAGAUCCAGGAUAUUCUUUCAAUGAGCAGCUGCUUGCUCUUAAAGGACCUUGCAUUCCUAUGGGGUUAACCACAAUGAAAACAUGGAUCAUUUCACUUUCUGUGGUCCAGAGUUUAAUGCUCCAAGCAAUUGCAAGUAAUCAAGUAACGACAUAUUUGUGUUGUGAGCUUUAGUACUCUGAACUCAGCUUUCAGGCUUCGAAAUGCAGCCAAAAAUGUGGAUACAAAACUCCUGAUUUAUCUCAUCUUUCACAAUCCCUGCAAUUUGGAUUUGUAACAAGUUUCAUGUUUGCACUGAUUAUUUGGGUUUUUCUAUCUAUCUGACUUCUCUGUAGUAUCCAAGGUGGUACAGUGAGAUCUUCUGGAGAAAGAAAACAAAUCUUUUCUAGAAACUAAACUCUAUUUUUAGGAAUUUUAUCCCCCCUGAUUGUCUACACUAGAUUGAUAUCCAAUGUCCUUUAAUACUGAUGAUUUAAUGAUUGGGCUAAUGUAAAGCACUGUUGAACUUGAAUUAUAAAAGUGCACUUCAAAUGCAGAUUUGUAUUAUCAGAAUUAUUCCUUUGAAAAUAUUUAUGUAUUGCUGGUGGUCAUUUUGAGGCUUUGGAUCUAUAUAUUCAUAUCAGAUGGUAAUGGAAUUUUAUGUAUAGAGCACUUUCUGGUCUUUUAAAGCACUUUUACACUUUACUUGUCACAUUCACACCAAUUCAUACACCAAUUUCAGAGGAUACCACAGCAAAAGACUAUCAGUGUUAAUCCGCAAAUCCCACUCUACCAAUGAGCCUCAGCCUUCCUUAAAAUCAUAUCAAUCCCUGUGGAUGAAGUCUUAACUUUUGUACUUAAGGAUGUUCUAAAGCGACCAAUUUUUUAUCUUUAGAUGGACAUUGAAAUUCUGACAAACUAAUCUUAAACUUUGAGAAAACAGUCCAAGCACUUUUUAAAAAUACAGCUAAACAUAUGAAUGCCAAGUCUGUGGGUAAAUAAUGCCCAAUUAGUUUGCAAAGAGUGGCUAAUGAUAGCAGAGCUAGCACCACCAGCCUUUCACCUACAAAUUACUUCAUCCCCAUUUUCUUGAUCAAACUACAGCUAAAUCUUCCUCCACUAUGAGAUGCAAUCUGUCACCAGUGUAGAAGAGCAUUACAGUAUUAUGAAUGUCAUCUUUAACUGGGUUGCAGCCCAUGUAGUCUAAAUUUCAAAGGUUCUUCAAAACAAUUAGUUGUAUGUUACCUGUGGCGACUUCAGAGAUGAUGACUUUGAACCGUUUCGUUGACUAAACACACACAUCCCUAUCUGUAAUGUCAACAGUGCUUUCUAUUCUACAUAAAACAAAUUUUAAAGAGGUUAUUUACCAAAAGUGACAAAGUAUACAAAUUAAAGGUCCUAUAGGGGGUUUUUCAUGGUCGUAAAACAGACUGAGAUUAAUAUUAAAGCUUCCAUAUGGCCUGCAAAAGUAAACAAGAUCAUUAGUGACAAAACUGAGUAUUCCUUGAUUAUUUCUGGUGCCUGAAACCUUUGCUAGGAAGUAGGAGUCAGACAAAGCGAUCAGCAGCAUGCUACAAAAACAUCUCAUUCACAUUUGCCAAAAAUAUCUAUGAAUUUGGGGGUUAAAUGACAACGAACUUGAAUAGUACAAAAUCAGCAAAUAUAUCAAAGGUACCACUUUGUCCACAGGGGGCGCCAAAAUCAGUACAACCAGAAGUUUUGAAGUUUGACUUUCUUUCCCGUCUAUGUCUCUGUGUUCCUGUGUGUAUGUUAGCAUUGUACUCACGAACCUUUCUCUUAUUUUCACCCACAGUCAGCACCAGACACCCACAUCGGUAGUGAAACGUAGGUGACCUUUAACAAUAAAAAUCACUUAUCUGUUGUGGUUCAUCCCUGACUGCAUGAUAACAGUGUCUGCGACCUUCCCUCUCAGAGACAGCAGUGGACCAACAGAUCCUGAGAGGCUCUACAGCUGCACGUAUGACUUCAUCGCCAGGAACAGCAGUGAGCUGUCAGUGCAGCAGGGGGAAGCACUGGAGGUGAGGGGCCCAAAUAAUAUAUGUUAACUCAAACUGCUCAUGGUGCAUUCAGGAGCUUGUUAUGAAGCUAGUUGAUCAGAAAUUGUUAUCAAAUAUCUAAUUUUUGAUCAAAUGGUAUCUCAAAAUACUGACAAACAUCAUCCUACAGGUGAUCGAAUCAUCCAAGCGUUGGUGGAAAGUUCGUAAUCGCUUUGAUCAGGUUGGAUUUGUCCCCUUCAACAUCCUGGAACCCAUGGCCCACAUAGACAGCCCCCCACCUGUCAAUAAACCCCCCAGUGUAAGAAAUGUAAAAUCAAACAUACACAUGCACGCAAACAUGAACCACGCAGCCUCAAAGGUACACUGCCACCUGCACAUACCUGGCUGAAUUCCAGUCUUGUUUCCUCUCCACAUUCCUGCAGGCUCCAGCUCCGCCUCCUCUAACCAAGACUUACACCCCAGUCCCACCCAGCCCCCCUGCUCUACAACAGGCCCCCACACACUCCCCUCAGCGCCCACGCAGCCUGCCUCCGUACAACCAUCAUGUACCAGCUGCUGCAGAGGACCCAGAAAACAAAGGUAGAGAAACAGAGUGUGUUUCUGUGGUAGACGUGACUGUGUCAGAGAGCUGUAACGAGACAGACUGUCUCUGUCCCAGUUACUCUGUGUGCGUGCGUGCAUGUGUGUGUGUCUGUGUGUGUGCGUCAGAGAUAUAAGCACAAAGAUAAACAAAGAGUGGGCUGAAGCAAUCGAACAUCUUAGUUAAAUAAUGUUUUUAUCUUACCCGUGUGCUCUUUGAAAGAAAGUCUCAUUGUACAUAUAACCCUGAUUCAAUAUGAUUUGGUUAAAGUAUUAUCAGCUUCAAAGUUUCAGAAACAAAUUUGCAAAAGCCUCAUUUCACAAAGGAUUACAUACAAAUUCAAAAACACAACCUGUAAUCUGAGCUGUACUCCAACACUUAAAGUAUAUAUAGUGUUUAGUAAUUAGCUGCUUUAGCAGAAUCGACUUUGAAAAACAGAAUAUGAACUCCACUAGAAUGUUUAAUAAGGGCGUCACCAUCUGGAUACAUGAACUAAGAAUGAACCUUUUCAGAUCCACAUAGGAGCAGGUCCUUUUUAAGGGGUCAGCGAGUGGGACCCAUCAUACGUCAUGGUUUAGCCAAUAUUUGCAUGGAAAGUCCAGUCUAAAAGUUCCUAAAAGUGAUCAGCCAAGCAGGAAAAUUCAAGUUGUCUUGCACACUGUUGACCCAAACAGCUGAUCAGUGCCGUUUAUCUCAAAUUAUCGAGUAUCUCUACACCAGUGUUAAAACAAAGAUAAAGCAGGCUGUGUCUGUUUGACUAAAAGGAGCCUCUGGCCUAGAGAGCAGCAUAGGCAGUGUGACUGGACCAAACCCAAGGAAGAUUAAUGUUCCUAUGAGAUACCAAAAAGGGCUGCUUGAGGAUUUGUAAUUAUUGAUCACAUGAGCAUCUCUCACAGACCCAGGAAGUAUGUGUUGCCAGAGUUGCAAGAAUCAUCAAUCUGUGGACACAUUUUUCAGAUUCUGACUUGACACGGAUGAACUCUGUGUCUUCAGUUUGACAUGUCAUUGUAAUUAAUCAAAAAAAAAAACAACAAAAAAAAAAAAAAAAAUGUGGCAAAAAAUCUCAGCACAAGGUUGCACAGGUACACAGAUACAGGUAUCUUGAUAAACAGUUAAUUUCAGGUUGAAGUACAAAUUAAAGUCCAUGUUUUUCAAUAUUUUUUUUUGCACCAAAGAUUUAAAUAUCUUUUUUUUUUGAUCAUCUACAAUGUUUCAGUCAUGUUGGUGAAUGACGAGCUGCUCCAGAGGCUGACAAAUGGGAAGACCACUCUGAACAGACCUCUGAACAUCCCUCGCUCCUCAGAGACGUCUGUGCCCCUGGACUACCACUCUCCUCCAGAGGAGGUGGGCGAGUGGCUGCGAGGAAAAGGCUUCAGUGAACCGUGAGUGGCCUCAGAUCUGUUUACACACUCGGAGUGCUGCCAGUACACUCAUACAAUGCUAUUCUUUCCUUUGGAGGGGCUACAAUAAUAACCUCAUUCCUUAAAUAAUAACAAAUAAAAGAUGAAGAUCUCCUGGAAGAAUAUUACCUAAUGUUAAACAUAACAGAGACGGAAAUGCUGCCAGUCCAGCAGCUCUAGGUGUUUUACUUUUCUGGCUUUUGGCUCUGAAGUUGUUUGUGUCUUUUGCCCUCCAGAACAGUGACAUGUUUAGGAGUGCUGACAGGCGCACAGCUCUUCUCCCUCAAUAAGGAGGAGCUACGGGCUGUGAUACCAGAAGAGGGCGCCAGAGUGUACAGCCAGCUCACAGUGCAGAAAGCGCUGCUGGAGGUGAGUUGAAGAACAAUUAUUAAGACCCAAAGCCUGGAUUUCUAUUCUCCGUUUCAUUAAGCACAUUAAACACAGAACUACUGAGUGAUCACAGAAUCAUUAGACAAUCAUAAUUAAAAAGAGCAAAGAAUUUAAAGGGAAUCCUUGAUUUGGAGGAACAGUCACAGGAAUAUGUGUCUUCUUCGCUUGGCAAAAAAUCAUGUCUUGACUGAAACUGUGAGAAGCUGAAGUUGUUGACUAAGAACCCAGAGCUUUCUGAAAAAGUUCUAAGUUGUUUAACGUAAGAUCUGUGUCUGCAGGAUGCCAGGAGAGCCACUGAGCUGGAGGCUGUGAUGGAGAAACAGAAAAUGAAGGUGGAUCUGAAACUGGAGAGCAGCACAUUGUAAAUCCAGACUUGAAGAAUCAUGUUCUCCUGGGAGUCACUUCACCGUGAACUCCUGAAUCAUUGAAUAAAGAUCACUAGCAAACAUGUUACAGUGACUUAACUUGCUCUAUGUCAAAACUCUGAUUUUGAAACCAAGCCUUUUGGGCAGGACAACAGUGAUGUCACAUUUGAAUACUGACAGGCGCUAACCAAGUGAGAUGUUUUAUCAUUUAUCUGUAAUGUUGUUGAGUUUAAUGUAAAUAAUAUUCUUUGGUCUUAUUUUGACCCUUUGGGUAAAGACUAACUUACAAUGUAUUUAUCUUCAUUAUGUCCUUGAUAAAAAAAACAUGAUUACCAUGAUGUGAUUAAAAGAAAAAAAGACAGAGACAACAGAAUUAAAAUGGUGGGAUUUUUUAAUAGAGACUUGAAAGAAAGAUUUUUCGGGCAAACAUAGACAGAAUGACUGCACACAUGAGGCAAAGCGAUGCAUCCAUUAAAAUCUGAUUGCAAUAACAGAUUUAUUCACAGAGGAAUCUGUCCAAACGGGGCAAAUAUUUAACUGAUGAACUUGACUAAUAAAAAACAUAUAUACAAUUUUAA